GUAGCGUCGGUAUUCCAGUGCGCUCCUAACUACGCGUUCUUUUUAUACUCCCUGUGUGAGAAGCAUUUGAUCAUAGCAGCUUGUCUGCGAACUCAAUUUCAAAUGUUUUCUUAACAUCAUUUUACCGUGUUUCAGUUUUGACACUUGUCACCAAGCACAAACUCUUUUUCGAAUUUUAAGCUACAAAUUCUAAAUUCCAGUCACACAAAUCUCACUAUGCAAUCCGUUGAAGGAAAAGAGCAACAUACCCCAGAGUCAAUAAUGGAACGGCUGAAUCGAUUAGAAGCCGAGGUCAAACUGAUCCAGAAGACCAUUGUCAGACCCGAUGAACCUAUGGCGACUUCAACGUCUGACGAACAGAAGAAAACAGGGGACACAGAUUUGCUUUCCAACCAAGAGAGCCUCGUCACGGAGUCUCAUGAAGCACAGCUGCUUAUGCAGGAACCCUAAAAGCACUUGGACAAUAUCAGUAGAUUUUUAUCGGAAUAGGCAAACAUCCAGUUGGUUAAAAAUGAAUCAAACACAUUAGUUCAGUCACUAUACUGCUACGCCCCAUCAAUAAACUCUUCACUAUAACUACGACUUUUCUUCUAGACACUGCUUUACUUCUUGAUCUGCGGGAUCCCGCUUCCCUAAAAUGCAGAUUUCCGACGGCCUGUAUGACCGGUAGUCUUUGGCUCCUCUAUAACUUGGU